GCUAGCUAACGUUAGCGUUUCCUGUUUACUCGUUGAUGGGGGUAUAGCUUUAGCUAGAUAGCUUGCAUCUCUGUCAAAUGUCAUCAUUAGCUAAUUGGUGUCUUAUCUAGACAAUCCUCUACAUUUCAGAGAGCGACAGUAGCUAACGUUAAUUAACUAACGUUACAUUUCGGCGAAAAAGUAGCUAGCUAUACAUGAAGGGGAAAAAAUGCGUUAGUUCAGCUAACGUUAGUUAUAGCAAGCUGAUUAGCCAGGUGCUGUGCUGCUGGAUGAUUGGCAUUGCAAAUGCGUUGUUUGCGUACACAUGUUAACUAGCUAGCUAUCCAACUAGCCUAAUGAAUAUGCAUGAUCUAAUGAUUACAAUGAAUAUGAAAUAUGAAUAAAAUUAAGUUUGUUUCCCCUCUUCUAGAUUUCCUGUUCAAAUUCCUAGUGAUUGGGAAUGCAGGAACAGGAAAAUCAUGUCUUCUUCACCAGUUUAUUGAGAAGAGAUUCAAAGACGAUUCGAAUCACACCAUCGGAGUGGAGUUUGGCUCAAAGAUAAUCAAUGUGGGGAACAAAUAUGUCAAACUCCAAAUCUGGGACACUGCAGGACAAGAGAGAUUCAGAUCUGUGACGCGGAGUUACUACAGAGGCGCUGCAGGAGCGCUGCUUGUGUAUGACAUCACCAGCCGGGAAACCUACAACGCCCUGACCAACUGGCUGACAGACGCCAGGAUGCUGGCCAGCCAAAAUAUUGUCAUCAUCCUGUGUGGUAACAAGAAGGACUUGGACGCAGACCGGGAGGUCACCUUCCUGGAGGCGUCUCGCUUUGCUCAGGAAAAUGAGCUGAUGUUUCUGGAGACCAGUGCUCUGACAGGGGAGAACGUGGAAGAGGCCUUUGUGCAGUGUGCUAGGAAAAUUCUCAACAAGAUAGAGUCGGGAGAGUUGGACCCGGAGCGGAUGGGAUCAGGGAUCCAGUACGGAGACGCGGCGCUGCGACAGCUGCGCUCCCCUCGCAGGGGACAGGCCGAGAGCGCCCAGGAAUGUGGCUGUUAGUGAACAAGCUCAGUGUGCCCAGAUCCAAGGCAGGUUGGUGAAGACUCAGAUGACAGAUGUAGGGAACAUGAUACAGGGCUCAUCAUGGCGGAGCGACUCUUCCCUGACCUUCUAACUUCCCAACUUCCGGAUGUUCCAUCAGUGAUCCAUAGAGAGUCCCGGAUUUUUGGCCCCAAUCUGGAAUGCUGAGCUUGUUCCUGGACCCCUCAGACACAGGCAGAGAUGCCCAUGUUCCAAUCUCCUCUAAGAGUGGACCAAGCCCUUCAAUCAUCUAGGCCGUAUUCAUACUGCGUCUCUCAGUUGGAGUGCUGAUAUUAUUUAUUUUUCCUCUUAGAUCAUAAUGAAUAAGACAACAUGGACAAGGGGACCUGAUCCUCGAUCAGCACACUUAAUCAGAGACGCUAAAUGAUUACGGCCCUGGCAUUUUACUUACACCCCUGUACUGCUGCCCUAUCCCUACCAACAGCAUCUUGCAUUAUGUACAGUACUAUCUGUAUAAAGAAUAGAUAAUUUAAGUACCUCAAAGCAUGUUUUAUGGACUGAAUAUCACAGUAUUUCAUUAUUAGCUGAAGAAUAAUCUAUCAAUUAUGACAUCACAUUUUCCUUUCAUGUUACGGUGAGAAUUAUCAAUCAGCACUGUCUCACGCCUGCUGGUUUCAUCGACCUGUUGUUUGUCAUGUUACGGUGAGAAUUAUCAAUCAGCACUGUCUGACGCCUGCUGGUUUCAUCGACCUGUUGUUUGUCAUGUUACGGUGAGAAUUAUCAAUCAGCACUGUCUCACGCCUGCUGGUUUCAUCGACCUGUUGUUUGUCAUGUUACGGUGAGAAUUAUCAAUCAGCACUGUCUCACGCCUGCUGGUUUCAUCGACCUGUUGUUUGUCAUGUUACGGUGAGAAUUAUCAAUCAGCACUGUCUCACGCCUGCUGGUUUCAUCGACCUGUUGUUUGUCAUGUUACGGUGAGAAUUAUCAAUCAGCACUGUCUCACGCCUGCUGGUUUCAUCGACCUGUUGUUUGUCAUGUUACGGUGAGAAUUAUCAAUCAGCACUGGCUCACGCCUGCUGGUUUCAUCGACCUGUUGUUUGUCAUGUUACGGUGAGAAUUAUCAAUCAGCACUGUCUCACGCCUGCUGGUUUCAUCGACCUGUUGUUUGUCGUGUUACGGUGAGAAUUAUCAAUCAGCACUGUCUCACGCCUGCUGGUUUCAUCGACCUGUUGUUUGUCAUGUUACGGUGAGAAUUAUCAAUCAGCACUGUCUCACGCCUGCUGGUUUCAUCGACCUGUUGUUUGUCAUGUUACGGUGAGAAUUAUCAAUCAGCACUGGCUCACGCCUGCUGGUUUCAUCGACCUGUUGUUUGUCAUGUUACAGUGAGAAUUAUCAAUCAGCACUGUCUCACGCCUGCUGGUUUCAUCGACCUGUUGUUUGUCGUGUUACGGUGAGAAUUAUCAAUCAGCACUGUCUCACGCCUGCUGGUUUCAUCGACCUGUUGUUUGUCAUGUUACGGUGAGAAUUAUCAAUCAGCACUGUCUCACGCCUGCUGGUUUCAUCGACCUGUUGUUUGUCAUGUUACGGUGAGAAUUAUCAAUCAGCACUGUCUCACGCCUGCUGGUUUCAUCGACCUGUUGUUUGUCAUGUUACGGUGAGAAUUAUCAAUCAGCACUGUCUCACGCCUGCUGGUUUCAUCGACCUGUUGUUUGUCAUGUUACGGUGAGAAUUAUCAAUCAGCACUGUCUGACGCCUGCUGGUUUCAUUGACCCGUUUGUCAUGUUCUUUGUGUUGAUAUUAUUAGUUGUUUUCCCUAAUUGUUAUGACUCAUGCUUUUUAAAAUGUAUUCUCAAUAAUAUAGCUACUCUUUUUUUUUAAAUAAAGUAUAACAAAAUUGUAUAAAUUGUGA